UCUUCCACUGCGCAUGACCGAAAACCGCGUCCCGGCUGACAACACUGGACGGCAGUGUGGCUGUGGCAUUCGGAUCGAUCGGAUCGAGAAAACGUGCUUCGUUCAUCAUGGUUAGAUCAAAAAACGAUAGCUAUGCGCGGCGGACGGCCGGAGUAACGCCAAUACGAGUGAGCAGGACUGUUGAAGCGGCGCCGACGGUAGAACGAGCGGCAGAGGACAUGCUGUCGACGUCGGCACGACGAGCGGCAGAGGACGUCCGUCCGCUACGUCGCUGCAGACCCUCCACCAUCCGUCCGCUACGUCGCCGCGGAGCCUGCACCAUCCGUACAAUACAUCGCUGUGGAGUCAGCGCCUUCGGUAUGGAGGUACGUGCCCGCGUCUUCGGUGGAAUACGUCGCGCCCUUGACAGAAAGACCUCCGUGACCACGUUCCUCCGCGCCGACGUCGACACCGUCAUGUUUUCUCUCGCUCGUUGUAUCGUCGUCGAAUUGCUGGUGUAAUUGUCGUCGUUGUUUCAACCUUUAUAUUGCUUCCAUUAUAAAGCUUACCUUUUUCGAAAAUAAAAAUGCAUGAAAGAAUGAAUGCAUACGUUUUUGCAAGAACGGUACUUAAAUAUUUAUUGUUCUGUAUGUUUAUUUGUCAAUUAUACUGCUUUCUGUACAAUACCAUCAAUAUUCACAAUGGAAGCAAUAUAAAGGUCGAAUCACUUUCCUUAAUUUAUGUUCAUACAAAUGUUCAUUUUAUUUGUGUCAAAGGUCUGUACGUGAAAUUCUUUGUAUGAUUAUAUAUUUAUUCUUUGUAUGAUUAUUAUAUGUAUGUAUAUCCUGAUUUAAACCUGUCUCUGUGUACAAUUUUGUAUACAAAAUAUAUAAAUAUAUAUUUUAAUUGUAACAAUUACAA